AUGAGUUACGCGGCCUAUAAAGUUGUCCACCCGCCGACCGGCGUCACAUGCUGUGCGUCCGGGUUUCUUACUCGCUCCGCGGCCGCCGAGCCUCUGUCGAACCUGAUCGUCAGCCGCGGAAAUGUCUUGCAAGUGUUUUCGGUGCGAAGCGACGCGGUGCACGGGGAGGCGGAGGGGGGGGAGCGGAAAGGGGAAGCGGGGAAAGACGGGGGAAGUCGCAAUGAUGCAGGAAACAGCGUUCUUCCUGGAGCAACCCUGGAUGUUGUCUGCGAGUUCAGGCUGAAUGGAGUGGUAGAGAGCAUAACGGUCGUGCCAGGCGCGGCAGCAACUGACGCAGCAGGCUGGGCGGGGACUGGGGGAGGUGGAUCUAACUCUGCCGGUGGUGGGGGAAGAGGAGCAGGGCGAGGGGCGGCUGGGGGAGAGGGGUCCGGGAGAGGAGGGAGAGGGAGGGGGGGACGGCAAUCGGGAAGGAGAGAAGGAAGAGGUGGUGCGGGGAGCGCAUGGGACCCGAGUGCAGCACUGGGCGCUACUGGUGGUGGCUUUGGCAGUGGAAACAGCGGCGGCAGCAGCAGUGGCAGCGGCGGCAACAUGGGGUACAGUGGUCGCAAGGAUGCGUUGGUGCUGACGUUUCGAGAUGCCAAAGUGUCCGUGGUGGAGUUUGAUGAUGCGGUGCAGAGGCUUAAAGUCAGCUCCUUGCAUUACCUCGAAGGGCCUGAGUGGACAGCUCGAAAGCGGGGCAGGGAAAACUUUCCGCUCCCGCCCAUCGCACGCUCCGAUUGGUCGGGCAGGUGCUCUGCUGUGCUGGUGUACCGUUGCCACCUGCACUUCCUCACUCGCAAGCAGCCAGCCUUCCUUCCCUGUGCCUCCUUCAAUCAAGGCCCCUCAGAAGCCUUUCCUGUACGCUCCUUCGUCCUCCUCCCCUGUCCUAUCCUCCCGAACCUCCAGGUGCGGGAUUUUGUCUUUUUGUCCGAGCCUGGAGACCCGAUCGUAGCAGUGUUGUGGGAGGAGGGCAGCGCGUGGGCGGGGAGGCUGGGAGGCUCCUCCCCUGCUGUUCUAGAGGCCCGCUUCUCCUGUGCUGUCACCUUUCUGCGAGUGUCCCUGCACACCCGCUCACAUCUCAUACUUGGGACCACCAAGGUGAGCAUAGUAGCAGUGUUGUGGGAGGAGGGCAGCGUAUGGGCGGGGAGGUUGGGAGGCUCGUCCCCUGCUGUUCUAGGGGCCCGCUUCUCCUGUGCUGUCACCUUUCUGCGAGUCAUCUUCCUUUCAACUCCUACUACAGCCUGUUCUCCGCCCCCUUCCCCAAAACCUCUUCCCCUCUCCCCUCCCGCUCCCUCCCUCUCCCCUCCCGCUCUCCUCGCUCCCCCCACCUUCUCCCCCCGCGCUCCACCGUUCUUGCAGCAUCUCCCCUUCGACUCCUACGCGCUCUCCCCAGCCCCCUUCCCUCCCUGGAGCCGGCUCGUCCUCCCUCCCCACUCCCUCCACUUCCGCUCCUUGAGAGUUCUUAAAAACGAGCCUUCCCUCCUUCCCCUCCCUGCUCCACCCUUCUUGCAGCAUCUUCCGUUUGACUCCUACGCGCUCUCCCCCGCCCCCUUCCCCCCCGGGGGGCUCCUCGUCCUCUCCCCCCACUCCCUCCACUUCUGUUCCUCCUCCUCCACCUGCCACCUGGCUCUCAACGAUUCGUCGCCGCCCGCACUGCCAGAUGGCACCGAGAUCCCCCGUCCACGUCAGCAGCCAGGGCAGGCGCCGCUGUCUGUGGAGCUGGAAGCAGCCCAUGCCACGUGGCAGCCUGUGAUUGGGCCAAGUGGAGGGCCGGUCGGGGUUGGUGGGAGCAGCAGGAGCGGCGGAGGUAGCAGCAGCAGCAGUGCUGUUGCGUUUCUUGCGAGUAAAGGCGGCGCUCUGGUGGUGGUGAAAGUGACUCCUGAGGCCAAGGCGACUACCUUCCGCUUGGACCUGCUGCAGGUUCGGGCCACCGUGCAGGCAGGCAGCUAUCAAGCGACUACAUUCCGCUUGGACCUACUGCAGGUUCGGGCCACCGUGCAGGCCUCGGGCAUCCUCAGCCUCGGCCCGAACUUGCUGUUCGUGGCCAGCAGGCUCGGCGACAGCAUGCUCAUUCGCUACCGAGCCAAUGAGCACGGACUGGAGAAGCAGCGAGGGGCCAAGCGCUUGAAAGCAGACGAAGCCUCUGAUGGCGAAGGCACUGCUGCAGCUGUUCCUGCAGCUCCUGCUGAUGCAGCUGCUGGUGCGGAGGAGGAGGAGCAGGGGCAGGAGGGCUUCUCCUUCCGUGUGUGCGACUCGCUGCUCAACAUCGGCCCCAUCCGAGACCUCGUGCCCGUCCCAGCGUUCCCCGCGCCCACUCCCCAGAAGGAACAGCAGCAGCAGCAUCAGAUGCUAGUGGCGUGCAGUGGGCAUGGGAAGAAUGGCGCUCUGUCGGUGCUGCUGCAGCGAGUGCCACUGGACGUGCUAACACAGGAGGAUCUGCCUGGCUGCUGCGGCCUGUGGACUGUCUAUGGCUCUGAGCUUCCUUCUGAAGCAAGGGAGGGAGGAGAAGAUGGGCAGGCAGCAGCAGGCGAGGCAGGAGGGACAGCCGUAGAGGGGGAGGGAGCAGGAAAGGGAGGUAUAGGAGGGGUUGAGGGUGGUGAGCAGGGGUCUGGAGCAGGUGCAAUGGAGGUGGAGGGAGGGAGUGGGGUGGGUGGUGGAGAAGGUGGGAAGGGAGAUAGAGGCAGCAGUUACCAUGGGUUCCUUGUGCUGGCGUUUGAAGGGCAAAGCAUGGUGCUAGAAACAGAAACUGGUGAGCUGCUUCGGGAGGUGUCAGCAGAGGUGAGUUUUAUCACAGACGCGCCCACCCUCCUGGCCGCCAACCUCUUCUCCCGCCGCUGCAUACUCCAAGUCACUCCCUCCGCCGUCCGAUUGCUCGCCAGCUCAGCCAGCCUGCUGCAGGAGAUGCUGCCACGUGGCAUGGUGGCUGGGGCAGGGGAAGGGGGUGGGGAGGGGAAGGAGGAGGGGAAGGAGGGGGGUGAGGACGUGGAGAUUGAGUCUGCUGACGUGGCGGAUCCAUAUGUCAUGCUGCAAUUGGUGGAUGGCCGAUUCAUUCUACUUGGGCCAGAUCCGUCCAAGCCUCUCUCUCUGGCAGGCAGAGGAGGAAAAGCUUCUCUUCCCGUGGGAGGAGAAGCCACAGCUGCAGCCGCCGCUACAACUGCCCCUACAGGUUCCGUUACAGCCGGCGCUACAGCAGGGAGUGAAGCAAUGGAGGUAGACUUAAAGCCCGAGAAAGCUGAGAAGGAGGCAGUGGAGAAGAAGGAGGUGGGGAAAGCAGAGGUGGAAAGGGAUGAGGAGAUGGGGAUGAAGGAGGAGAAGAGGGAGGAGGGGAAGGAGGAGGGGAAAGAGGUUGAUGUUGACAUGGAUGGUGGCAGUGGUGCUGGCAAAGGUGCUGGGAGUGGUGGGGUUAAGGGUGUGGGAGUGAAAGUAGAAGAGAAGGAGGAGGAGGUAAAGGCAGAGGUGAAAGAGACAGAAGCAUCACUGAAAACAGAGAAGGAUGGAGCAGAAAGGGCAGUAGCAGCACACACGCCUGCACCAGUUGUCACCUCCCCUUCGGCACCUGAUUGGCCGAAGCAUUUCGCCGUGGAUCUGCACGUAUCCGUCAACCCCGUCACUGGGCGGCUGUUUUUGUUUGUUGUGCUUUCAGACGGGCGGCUGCUGGGGUUCAAAGCGUUCUGCCCCUCGGGAGCCUCCCCUGGCGAUGUGAUUGCAGCGAGUGUGACAGUAACAGGGGAGCGUGGUGCAAGGGUGGGAGGGCGAGCAGGGGGAGGAGGAGGGCAGGGGGUGGCGGAGGGGGAACCUGGAGGAAGGGCAGGUAGCACUGGGGUAGGUGGAUUAGGGUUAGGUGGAUACGGGGUAGGUGGGUUGCGGUUUCAGAGGGUUUGUUUAGAGGAGGAAGAGGCAGGGAUUCAUGAGGUGGAGGGGGAGGAGGAAGACGAGGAGGGGAGAGGGGAGCGGGCGGUGGGGGGAGGGGCAGGUGCUGGUGGUGGGGGAGGAGGGGAAGAGGGCAGGGUGAAGCAGGAGGGAGGUGAGAAGGGGGAAGGUGAGAGUGGGGGAGGUGAAACUGCGGGAGGCGAUACUGCAGCAGAAGAGAAGGCGCAGGGGGAGGAGGGUGCAGAGAGGAGCAGGAAGUCUGGGAGAGCCGCAGAGGCAGCAUCAAGCGUGGUGGCAAUGGCGCCCUUCCACAACGUCAACUGUACGCACGGCUUCCUCCUCAUCUCCUCUCUCGGAGUGCUCUCCAUCUGCCAGCUGCCCCCGCUCUUCCAGUUUGACAAUGCGUGGCCGUUGAAUAAGAUUCCACUGCGCUCAACCCCUCACUCGGUCACACUUUCUCCCGAUGCAGCUCAUCUUUUCCUUGUUACCUCAACCCCAGUGUCCCGCCCUGUCUCUCAAUUCCUCGUUCCUUCCUUAGAAGACCCAAAAGAUCCCUCAACCGCAGCACUAGGCUCGGCCGGACCUGGAGGUCCGGGAGCUCCAGGAGCCUCCGGCACAGGCUCGGAUAAAGACACCGAAGCAGUAUCCAUGGUUGAGGACUUCCAGCUUCGGGUGGUAACCUGUCCGAGCCUGGAGGCCCCGAGCCGCGCCCUGGAGGUUCGGCAGAGAUUUGAGUUCCAGCCGUUUGAAGCGGUGACAAUGGUAAAGUCAGUGGUGCUGAGGAAUCGCAGCAGUGGGCAGCUACAGACGCUCCUGGCAGUGUGUACGACGUUCAUAACAGGGGAGGACGCACCUGGGAAAGGCAGGAUUCUGCUCUUUGAGUACAACCCACUGGCAACAGCUGAUGGGGAUGGUCCUGCUGCUGCUGGUACUGGUGCAGCCGCAGCGGCAGAUGCAGAGGGUAAAGCGGCAGGUGGAAGCAUUGGAAUUCCCUUGCUGAGGGAGCUCUAUUCAAAGGAGCCCAUAGCGGGUAGCAGUCAAAGAGGCAGCGUGGCAGCACUCACGGCGCUGCAGGGCAAUCUGCUGCUCGCAGUGGGGCGGCAGCUGGUGCUGUAUGCAUGGAACGGAGUGGAAUUAGAAGGAAUUGCCUUCCUUGAUGCUCCUCUCUACGUGGUCUCCAUGGCAACGGUGAAGAGCUUUGUGAUUGUAGGGGAUGUGCUAAAGAGCGUCUACUUCCUGCACUGGAGAGAAGAGGGAGCUCAGCUCACCCUCCUCGCACGCGACUUCUCCUCUCUUCCGAUCACAGCCGUCGAUUUCCUCAUCGACGGCUCAGCUCUCGGCCUGCUAGCCACCGACACAGCCAAGAACCUCCAAGUCUUUGCCUACUCAAAGUCGAUCGAGACACACAUGGGUCAGAAGCUGCUGCUUAAGGCAUCUUUCCACACAGGAGAGGUGCUCUCGAAGGUUCUCCGGUUGCCGCUGCCUCCUCCUCUUGCCACCACAGCAGCAGGAGGGGUAGGGGGGCAGCAGAGGAACCCAGCGGCUGCUGCUUCGGGCCGAACCAACAGGUUCGGCGUGCUGGCGGGGACGCUUGGGGGAGCGAUUGCGGUGGUGACGCCGGUGCCAGAGCUGGUGUUUCGGAGGCUGGAUACGGUGCAGCGUUACAUGGUAACCGCAGUGGAGCAGGCUGCAGGGUUACACCCGCUGGCGUUCCGGGCGGUGCAAGGGCUGGGCAAGGGGCAGCAGCACUCGGGUGUGGAGCGAGUGAUUGACUCACAGCUUCUGGCUCAGUAA